UCAAACUGACUUAAUUCUGAGCUUAAUUGACAACAAACAUUUUAAAAGUCUGACUUUCAAAAGCAUUUCGCCAUGGCAAACGAGGCUGAAGAAACGAUUCGCAAACUUAGCACGCAUAAAGGUGUAGCUGGCGUAAUAAUUGUCAACGGCGAAGGUAUCCCAAUCAAGACAACCCUGGACAACCAUGUCUCAGUACAAUACGCCGGACUCAUGGGUUCGCUCAUAGACAAAGCUAAGUCGGUUGUCAGAGACUUGGACCCCACCAACGAGUUGACGUUCCUGAGAAUUCGGAGCAAGAGGAGUGAGAUCAUGGUUGCGCCAGAUAAAGACUUUAUUUUGAUUGUCGUUCAAAACCCUGUUGACUGACAAAGGCUUUGGCUUUUCAGCCAACUUUACGAUUCUAUUUACGUUAGUAUUAUUCACGAUUAGAUUUUAACAGAAAGUGUUUUAGUAUAGCUAUUUAGUUUUAAUUAUUUAUAAUUUCUAUAAUCAUGAUUAGCAUAUUUUCUUGAUUAUUUCAUUCCAAUUACUAUUAGGCGUUCACAUACUAACCCCGCGAUCUUCCGCGCGCCAGCUAAUUGCGUUGACAAUGGUUCUU